AUGCAUACGGGCGGUGUGGGGAACAGCGGCGAAUCGUCCAACACCACUCCACAUGCGGAGAACGAUAGAAAUGAUAUCGCUAAUGAGGCAAUGAUUAAUAGCGCACCGGCAUCGGUAAAUGCUCAUGCACGUCAAAAUAGUGAAGCAGGUCAGGUAUUGUUAUCGACGGCCGAGAUUCUCGUAUUCGACAGUCAAUAUAAACCGGUUUUGUGCCGUGCGUUACUGGAUAGUGGAUCGCAGCACAAUUUUAUGACCUAG